GGACGACAUCAUACUAUCAGUAUAGCUCUUCCUAGCAGUAUCGUCAACAAUGCUCAAACUUGGGAGUUGAAGACAGCGUUGGUUGGACAGAUUGCCAGGGCUUGCGCCAUUUUCAGCGUGGACGAGAUCGUCAUAUUCGAAGAAACUUUACCUGCAGAUAGCGCAAUAGCGCCUUCAAAUUAUGUUCGUGGAAAAUACCGAGACGUCGAUGAAGGCCAGCAGAGCGAAGAGCCAUUUCAGCCCAGUCAGUUUAUGGCUCGUAUUCUCGAGUAUCUCGAAUGUCCCCAAUAUCUGCGCAAGUCCUUGUUUCCUUUACAUCCAGAUCUGCGAUUGGCGGGCUUGCUCCCUCCGCUUGAUCUUCCCCAUCACUUCAGGCGUGAUCAUCAAACACCUUGGCGGGAGGGAUGUGUUCUUCCUCGAGAAAAAGCCGACAAUUACCUUGCCGGAAAUAAGCCCAAUAAAAGAAAGAAAGACGGUCAAUCACCAACGGUUUGGGUAGAUGUCGGACUCGCUGAACCAGUUGAGGUGAAACUUGACCCUGCUCGUAUAGUUUCCCCGCGCCAACCGACCGAAACAUCUGGAACCUAUUGGGGUUAUUCAGUUCGCCUCGCGACUAGUAUCUCUAAGGUAUUCACUGAAUCCCCGUAUCUCAAGACAGGUGGGUAUGAUUUGACGAUCGGCACAAGUGAGCGAGGCCAGAACAUCACCGAAGCGUUACAGGAUAUGGGUUCUUUCAAACAUCUGCUGCUAGCUUUCGGAGGAUUAUCCGGCUUAGAGCUUUGCAUCGCCUCCGAUGAAACACUGACGCCGAAUUUGAGCGCUGAAGAUGCCUCACUUUUGUUCGAUCACUGGGUCAAUACCUUGCCUCACCAAGGUAGUCGAACGGUACGAACGGAAGAGGCACUGUUGGUAAGCUUAGGGGCUAUGAGAAGCUUAUUUCUCAGGAGUUGA